AUGUUCGGAGAAACUGCAGUUCCAUUAAUCGAUACAGCAAAACGUACGAGAAAAAUUCAAAGUAUUUCACUUUAUGAAGGCGAUAAAAUUCGCGAGAUUCUUGACGAAAUAAGCAUUUUGCAAGACCACGUCGAAUCUUUAAACGACCAAAGUCUUAAUGACUUAAAUAAUCCCGAAGAUGAAACAAAAUUAUUAAUUCAGCUAGUUCAAAAUCAUGAUUUAAAAGUUUUAAAACUUUAUCAUUCCCAAAGAUCCGAAAAAAUCAAAUUCUUUGCAAUCCAAGAACUACCGCUAUCCCAAGAAAUGAGGUUAAAAUUAUCUGAAAGAGAGAGAAUUUUUCAUUCAAAGUAUAGCGAUUUACUAAGAAAGUAUAAAUGCGAAUACCCACCUUCUCUUAAUUUGUCUGCCACCCUAGUACCUCCUAAAGAAGCAUUGACCACUGUUAGAGUGCUUAAGGAUAUCGGUGAUUUAAUGACACAAAACGGAUAUAUCGAAUUUCGAAAAGGCUCUCAAGCAAUUGUUAGAAAGGCUGAUCCGACUAUCGAAAAAUUACUAAAGUUGGGAUAUCUAAAAAUGAUUGGAAGCAAAGAAUUUCCAUUCCUAAAUCCAAUGUGGUAA